AUGGACAAAGUUUUCCUUCUCCAAUGUCGUAGAUAUAAGUACGUCUAUAGAAGGAAGCAUCUCAUCUACUUUUGCCCCGUUGACGACGACGACAACGACGACGUUCGUUGUCCGCUUUUAGAUGUAUGCACAUACAUAUAUUUUGGGGAUGCUUGGGUUUUGGUUAUUUUGAAGCAGCAAAGCAAAGCACAGCAUCACAGCAGAGAACACAUCGGACGGUCAUUCGAGCAUAAAUUGAACGAUGGUGGGGUGAGUGAAGUGAGAUGA